GUGGAUUAUUUCUUUCAGGUUGAUCCACAAAGGGCUGAGGACAUGGACUUUUCGCACCCUAAACAUGGAGUCCAGAUCAAGAAGGCGCGCCGGAAGCCGCAGUGUGAUGUGCCACCACUCAGUGAAGAAGAGGCCGCUUCUGCUUUCUCACAACUGAGGAAGCUGUGUCCCACUGCCAGUGCUGUCAUUAGAGAGGAGGAGGACACAGACACAGCAUCAGAAGAUGAGUCAGAUGUCAACACAGAGACGCUUCCCCCUGUGGUAUACAGGUCUUGUCAUCCAGCCAAAGUCCCUGUUACUAGUGUUAGUGUAGACAGCAUCCUUGAGGAUGUUCGGUGCAACCCCGAGCAAAUCACAAACCUCAACAAAGCUACAGUGGGGCAGUCCAAGUCUGCUUUAUGGCGUCAGCAACGCAAGGGUCGUGUGACUUCUACAUCCAUGCAUGAUGUCCUUCAUGCAUCAAACCCCACCACUGCAGUACGGAAGGUCAUGCAAUAUGACUGCAAGGAUUUGAGCCAAGUUCCAGCUAUACAAUGGGGGAUGAAACAGGAGGAGAAGGCAAGGCAACAGUACCUGGAAGCUACCUUGUGCAUCUGCAAGGAUGUGAAAUUGGAGGAAGUGGGGCUCAUUCUCUACAAGGAUUUUCCCUUCAUAGGUGCAUCUCCUGAUGGGAUGAGACAGUGUUCAUGCCAUGGAAGAACUGUGAUUGAGAUCAAGUGCCCAUACAAGUACAGGGACAUCUAUCCUGCUGCAGAUCUGUGUCUAUCAGAUGCCAACUACUGUUUAGAUAAGGAUUGUAAGCUAAAGACAGGGCACAGAUAUUACACCCAAGUCCAGACACAUAUGCUGGUUACCGGUGUCUCAACAUGUGAUUUUGUAGUGUGGACUAAUGCAGGCAUGGUUGUAGUAAAUGUUCCAAGGGACCAGUCACUGUUAAAUGUAAUGUUGUCUACAUGUGUCCAGUUUGUAAAGUCCAGUCUUAUCCCUGAGAUACUGACCCACAAGUUACAGUGUGGAGACUCUGGAGUAGAUGUGACUUUCCAGGAAGAUGAUGACCCAAACAAACGUUACUGUUCUUGUCAGAAACCAGCAUAUGGUAGGAUGGUAAAGUGUGAUAACAAUGAAUGUGAGUCAGAAUGGUUCCAUUACAAAUGUGUUGGCAUCAAGAGAAAACCAAGGGGCCAUUGGUUCUGUCCCAGUUGUCAAUGCUAAAUCCUACUGGACAGUUUGAAAUACUAAAAAUACUAGUAUAACAAUAGAAGGCAUUUUACAGUUUUAUGUCAUGUUUUAAAAAACUAAUGUAAAACAAGUAAGAAUUGUACUUUGUGGUAUACUUAUUAUAUUGUAGUGGGCUUCCCAAAAAUUUGUUUUGUGUCCCUUUAACAUUUUACCUUCAAUCUCAGUAUUUUGAUAUACAGAAAAGGCCAGCUCGUGCAGACAACAUUGCCAUUAAAAAUUACUUGAUUAGCUUUGGAAGUAAGUUUGUAAGAGCCGCACAGAUAACAACACUGUCACUGAGUAGAGGGGCAAAUGUUAAUGGACAGAUUUGGCUGAGAAUUUGGAAGUUCUUGAUUCUUUCAAUUGCACGUUCUACAUGAAUUCUUAGAGCUGAUAUCUGUCUGGCAUCUUGGACGAUACGCCCCGGGAGUUGUGGCCUUCCUGUGGUAAAUGGUGGCAUAACUAGUGUUGCUCCUUUCAAGGCAAGUUCCUCAGAAAUGGUGAAUCCCCGAUCUGCCAUAAUCAUAUCACCAUAUUCCACUUUGUUAUAGAAACGACUUUUUAGCGUAAUGUCUUUAUCAGAAAUUCUUCCACCCCAGGAACUGGACAGAAAUGACACUGCUCCAUAAGGUGUAAUACCUACCAGAAAUUUGAACGUAUGAUGGUGUUUGUAGUUACUCCAGGUCUUUGCUCGGGUCUUUAAAUUGUAUGGCCUCUCAGUGAAAAUCUCUGAGCAAUCAAUGAUGACUCUACAGUUUGAGUAUUUUUUUUUCCGAAAUUUUUUGGGAAGAUUGCGCUUUACGGUUUCCUUGGACGGCCAAUGAAUCAGGAACUUUAGUCGGACAGCUAAGAUUGGAAUACAACGGUUUAUGACUUUUGAAACUGUGGAGGCAGAAACACUAAAUCUCAAAGCUAGAUCAGCAUUUUUGAGGCCUAGUCUCAACUUCAUGAGAGUCAUGAGUAUUUGAUCCUGCUGACACAUGGACUUUAGAGGAGCAAUGAAAUCACUAACAAGUCUAAACACAAA